AUGGCGAGCGUGGACUGUCCGGGGAAGGACGGCGGCGGGGGCAGGAGGAGGAAUUUGGCCCUGCUGAGGAACAAGCUGUACAUGGGGGAGAGGAGGAGGACAGAGCCCGUGGUGGAGAGCACCGCCGCCGCCGGGGACCACGGCACCUUGAGGAGGAGUCAGUCGGACAGGACAGAGUACAGCCAGAAAUUACAAGAAAAAAUGGCCCCCCAGGCAGGGUCCUCAACACCUGCCACUUCACCACAGGAGGAUGAAGAACAAGUUAGCAGAUGCAUGAUGGCCAGGAGGGUGAAAAUCAUCACAGAACUCAUGCAGACGGAGAAAGACUAUAUCAGCGACCUGGAUCUCUGCAUCAAGGAAGUGAUUCAGCCCCUGAGAAACAAGCAGAUUGCUCGCUUUGACGUGGAUGGCUUGUUUAGCAACAUUGAAUUGGUCCAUCAAGUAUCAGCCAAACUGCUGUCGUUGCUGGAAGAAGCCACGACAGAUGUGGAACCACCCAUGCAAAUAAUCGGGGAAGUGUUCUUGCAGAUUAAAGGCCCACUAGAAGACACGUAUAAAAUCUACUGCUAUCGCCACGAUGAUGCACACACCAUGCUGGAAUCUUAUGAAAAGGAUGAAGAACUGAAGCAGCAUUUAAGACACUGUGUACAGUCCUUAAAAAAGAUAUGUGAGGAAGAAGGAAAGCCAAAUCUAAUGGACAUGGGAUCCCUGAUGAUCAAACCCGUGCAACGGGUGAUGAAAUACCCCUUGUUACUCUGUGAACUCUUGAAUUCAACUCCUGCUUCUCACCCUGACCACAAGGCACUACAAGAUGCCCUUUUUGCUGUGAAAAACAUUAAUGUGAACAUCAAUGAACUUAAAAGGAGGAAAGAUUUAGUGCUGAAGUAUAAGAGGAAUGAUGAUGAUGAAACCCUUAAAGAAAAGUUUUCCCGACUGAAUAUCCACUCCAUUAGCAAGAAAUCCAAGAGGGUCACCAGCCAUCUGAAAAUACUGACGGGGGGAGAACCUCAGGUGAAAGAUCAAACUUUUAAUAAGGAAGAAAAGUUGUUUCGAAGUUUAGAGAAGACCGUGAAAUUGUGCGUGAAGAACAUUUCACUUUCCUCACAACAUCUACAGGAUUCUAUACAUCUGGCUGCACAGAAUAUAAUUGGGCUUCAGGAAAUUUUGCAAGACAAAGACGAUGAAGUCAACGGCUCAUUGGAAAAACGAAACAACACUGCAAAUCUCUGUGAAGACCUUAUGGCUCAGCUGAACAAGCUUGUUUUGGCUCCUCUCUCGGCACUACAAGCCCUGUUUUCAGGCCCACUAAAGCUCAUCCAGAAGCGCUAUGACAAGUUGUUGGACUACAACAGCUACCUUCAGAAGUCAACGGGAAUAGAGCUGGACCUGGCAAAGAAAGACUAUGAGGCUCUAAAUGCACAGUUAGUGGAAGAACUUCAGGUAUUCAACAGAGCAGCCAAAAAGAUUGUGUUGAACUGCCUGCAUUGUUUCAUUACCCUCCUCAGGGAUAUUAUGUCUGCAGCACUUCAAUCAAAUUCUGCUGUGGUGGUGCCUGUUCCACUGUCUUCCUCAAGCAUCUGUGAAGUGCAGAAUCAGUUGAUGGAGGAGGUUCACAAGCUGAAUUUUGUAAAAGAAAACAGCAGUGCAACCUUUAUUGAGAGAAAAUUGAGCUUGGAAAAAAAGAAACCUGUCCCUUCUCUG